AUCAACAAGUUACCCGGACAGGCGGACGGCUCCUCCAUCGUCCCUCCGCAGCGGCAGGUGGUCACCACGCGUCCUCGGCGCUCAUCCAACCGCAAGCUUGUGAACUGGAUUAUGACAUGUUUUCACCUGAGAGGAGCGGGCUGACAUGGACGGAGUAGAAUAACUUCUUGUGAAACAGCUCAAUUGUCUCUCUUUUUUUCAAAGGACGCUGAAAGUGAAGACUGUAAAUUGGUAGAUAGAGUUUUCUUGUUUGGUUUUUUGCCGAGCUGCGCGUCUUUGCGUGCGUAAUGCUCUGAGAUCCGUCGGAGCCUGGUGAUAGUUUUAGAGUUUUUUUUUAUUUUUAAGAAGUAGAAGUUGUAAAUAAUGGCAUUUGCAAAAUUCAGUAAAAUCCUCCGUCUGCCCACUAUUGAGAUAAAGAAGAAAGUCAAACAGUACGAGCACGUCCAUCGGGACAUCAAUCCAAACGACUUAUGGGAAAUUAUUGGCGAGUUGGGCGAUGGCGCGUUUGGGAAGGUCUACAAGGCCAAAAACAAGGAAACAGGAGUUCUGGCUGCAGCCAAAGUGAUCGAGACAAAAUGUGAGGAAGAGCUGGAGGACUACAUGGUCGAGAUCGACAUCCUGGCUAAAUGUGACCACCGCUACAUUGUGAAGCUGCUCGACGCUUUUUACCAUGACAACAAACUCUGGAUCAUGAUUGAGUUCUGCCCCGGAGGCGCUGUGGAUGCCACAAUGCUCGAGUUGGACCGUGGGCUGACGGAGCCACAGAUUAAGGUGGUUUGUCGCCAGAUGUUGGAGGCUCUUGACUACCUCCACAGCAUGAAGAUCAUCCACAGGGACCUGAAGGCCGGCAACAUCCUCCUCAUGCUCGACGGGGAUAUCAAACUGGCUGAUUUUGGUGUAUCUGCAAAAAAUACCAAAACCCUACAAAGAAGAGAUUCGUUCAUUGGAACGCCGUACUGGAUGGCUCCAGAGGUGGUGAUGUGUGAGACGAUGAAGGAUGCGCCAUACGACUACAAGGCUGACAUCUGGUCUCUGGGAAUCACCCUGAUCGAGCUCGCACAGAUUGAGCCUCCACACCACGAGCUCAACCCCAUGAGGGUGCUACUGAAGAUCGCCAAGUCUGAGCCUCCGGCCCUGGAGCAGCCGCAUAAAUGGUCACCCGAGUUUAAAGAUUUCCUGAAGAAAUCUUUGGAUAAAAACCCAGAGAGUCGCCCAACUGCAGUGCAACUCAUGGAGCACCCUUUCGUGAGAUCGGUGACGACCAACCGUCCGCUGAGAGAGCUGGUGGCCGAGGCCAAAGCUGAGGUCAUGGAGGAAAUAGAAGACAAUAGAGAGGAAGGAGAGGAGGACGACGCCAUGGAGCUCUCUGUGUCUCCAAGCAAGGAGCCAUGCCAGACUAGUCAGACCAGCCUGGAAGGAGACCAUUCUCCGGACACCCCGAGCCCCACCACGCCAUCCCCGACCACACCGAUACCUUUCCCCAAGAAAGAGGCCGAGCCAGACACGCCGACGGAGGAGCGGCCGGGCCCCGACAUGGUGGUCCCUGUUCCUUUGCCCCGACAGAAUCUCCCACCAAAAGAUCCAGAGGAGAUGGGAGAGAAACUGGCCGAUGAAGUCAUUCUUGAGUCGGACAAAUCUGAGAGUGAGGCCUCAACUAAGACUUCCAGUUCAGACUCGGGCAUCGAGGAUGGGAAGAGUACCCCUACACUGGAGGAGGAGAAGGUUGCUGUGGAGACCCCAGAGACAGAACAGCCGCCAUCUCUUCACCAGCCUGAGGCCUCAGAGGAACAAGUUGACAUCAUCAUAGACUCUGCAGAACCUGAGGUGCCCAAAAUCCAAGUGACGGAGGAAGAGAGCAACACUAAAGCUAAUGGAGAGUCACCGGCUGCAAGCCCAAGUCCUGCUGUCACUCCUGCACCCAGUCCCACGCCCUCUUCUGCUCCUACCCCAGUGCCUGCACCCCGUUCUGGGCAAAAUGGCACCCUACCCAAGGAUGCUCCAGAGCGGAUGUCGAUAGGAGGAAACUCUGAGAGUGUCUCACCUUACAUUAAUGGAGGGAUUAUCAACAAACGGUACUCUUACUCGGGCAGCAUGGCGUCUGAGAGCAUGGACAUGUCGAUCCACAAGGAGAACAUCAUUUCUGCAAGGGCCUUUUCAAGUAAGACUCUGAAGCGAACCAGGAAGUUUGUCAUUGACGGUGUGGAAGUGAGUGUGACCACCUCCAAGAUCAUCAGGGACGAUGAGAAGAAAGAUGAGGAGAUGAGAUUCCUGAGACGUCAGGAGCUGCGUGAGCUUCGUUUGCUGCAGAAGGAAGAGCACCGCGCUCAGGCUGUGCUGAACACCAAACUGGAAACCCAGAGAGAGCAAAUGCAAAGGCGCUUUGACCAGGAGAUGCAUGCCAAGAAGAAGCACUACGACAUAGAGCUAGAGAACCUGGAGAAGAACCAGAAACAAACUAUUGAGAAAAUGGAGACGGACCACAACUUGAAGCUGAAAGACGAGACGAAACGCAUCAAAGCGGAGCAGGAACGAGACCACCGCAAGUUCCAGGACCUGUUAAAGAACAAGAAGAAGGAGGUAAAACACUCUGUUGAUAAGCUGCCCAGAAGUCAGCGCAAAGAAUCCUUAAAACAGAGGAUGAAUUCCUUCCACGAAAGUAAGAUCAGAGAGGAGGAGAUUUUCUUGUCAGGUCAGAAGAACUAUCUGGACACGACGCUGAAGAGAAUCAUCUUCAACAACAAGAGAGAGAUUGCAAAUAUGGAGACGGAAUGCCUUGACAGGAAACAGCAUCUAAUCAGAGAGCGCGAGGCUACGAUAUGGGACAUGGAGGAGAAGAACCUUUAUGAGAGACACCAGUUAUUGAAGCAGCAGCUGAAAGACCAGUACUUCCUCCAGAGACAUCAGCUUCUAAAGAAACACGAGAAGGAGCAGGAGCAGAUGCAGUGCUACAACCAGCGCAUGAUUGAGAUCCUGAAAGCUCGGCAGCAGCAGGAGAAGAGCCGGCUGCCGAAGAUUCAGCGCAGCGAGGCGAAGACUCGUAUGGCCAUGUUCAAAAAGAGCCUCCGCAUCAACUCUACAGGCAGCGCCUCCGAGGACAGAGAGAAGAUCAAACAGUUUUCCCAGCAGGAGGAGAAGCGGCAGAAGGGCGAGCGGCUGCAUCAGCAGCAGAAACACGAGAACCAGAUGAGGGAGAUGGUCGGUCAGUGCGAGAGCAACAUCAGAGACCUGCAGCAGCUGCAGAAUGAAAAGUGUCACCUGCUGAUUGAGAACGAGACUCAGAGGCUCAAGCAUUUGGAUGAGCAACACAACCAGCUGCUGAAGGACUGGAGGGACCAGCUGAAGCCCAGAAAGAAGGCCCUUGAAGAUGAGCUGAACACCAAGAAGAGAGAGCAGGAGGCUUUCUUCAGGAUGAGUGAGAGUUCUGAUUGCCCCAAUCCCAGUUCUCCCCAUAAACUCUCCAAGUUCAUGCCUUACCACGAAUCUUCCACCACAUAAAAAAACAAACAAAAAAAACCAAACAGAUGCUGUGACGCUGCACAAUACUUCCUGCCCACUGAUAGAAGCAACACAUAGACACCCACGGGUGCUCCAGUUGCCCGCUGCCUCAGUUUUAAUUUGCUUUACCAGUAAUGGCAGCGUACCUAUCCCUCCAUUAGGCUUCUUUAUCAUUUUAGUGAAUAUUUAUGUUUUAACUCAUGUUUUAACUCCUGUUUUGAGGAUUUUCUUUAAAAAAAUGUUUUUGUACUAUUAGAUCAGCUUCACAGAACUCACCUAAUAUCUGUUUCCAUACAGUGUCUUUAUUUCCUUUUUCUGUUCAAAUGUGUUUAUCGCUCAAACAUGACAAUAACAUGAUGUAGUGGUUAAUGAUUUAGGUGAGCUGAAGACACCAAAUUAAAUAUCAGUUUUAAUGAGUAAAUAUUAAGUAUCUUAUGUUUGGAACCAGUAGUCAUUUCUUUUUGCAUAACAAGAAGGAAUGCUAUGAAUAGUGAUAAGCCAGUAACUAAGCACUUUUCGUUGACCCCAAAUGAUCAGUUCUGACUUCCAAAUAUGACCAAAAAAAUGCUAAAAAUGAAAGAAUUCCUUUUGUUUUUUCCUCAUUUCUCUAUGCCUUGGGUAGAUGCCUGUUUUGUCCACUGGGUUUGGUGCAUGUCACAUAGCUGCCAAUGUCUGCCUUUAUUUAUUUUUACUGACAAAGAACAACAAUAUCCAGAUUUAUCACUGUAAAUGUUAAUUUAAAUAUUUUCUUUCUUUCUUUAUCCAACACCCAUGGUAUGAAGGAUGUGCUUAUCACUCUGUAUCUUUUCCUUUAUGAAAUGGGGUUGAAAUCCAAAGGUAUUAGAACUGAAUGAUUUCUUUUAAAUGACUAUUUAGGAGGUGGAUUUUAACAAACAAGGGACGACUAAUUGUUUUUCAUGUGUUGCUGUCAUUUUCUGUUGUAUUUUCUUUUUUUUUUUUGUUACUGUAAAAUCAGUCACACUGGAUGGGAUCUGACAAAGCCAAAGCAAAAUACUGUUGUGUUUAUUUGAAGGAUGUUAUAUGGGGGAUUUAAAUCUGGAUUUAAAAAAUGUAUUAAGUGUAUAAUUGUGCAGUAAAUGAACUGCCUGCUAACCAAUGUGCAAUAUUACAUGUAUGUCUUUGCUAAGCUUAAAGAGGUUUAUUUUUUUUCUUCAACUUUGCCUUCCUUUGCACUGAGAGGGGGAAUAAUACAAAGAGUUCAGCUCCAAAAACAGAUGUAUCGGUCUUUUUGGAAGAAACAUUACUGGUUAAAAUGAUUCAAACUUUUGGAUUUUUAUUACUUAAGAAGCAAUAAAUGAGUAUUUUAAUUUGUCACGCGAUGAUCUCGUUUUGGAACGUAACUCUUCGUAGCAUUUUUAAGGGGAUGCAACAAUUCAGUCUGCUGUACGAUGCCUCCAAAUGUUUAAUCUUCAACUGAAACCUUAAGUUUGCAGCUGAGGGUCCCGUUGCCUUGUUGAGUGAGAUCAAGUGUUUUUAUAGAGUAGCUUGGCCGGCAGUUUUAAUGGGGUCAGCAAUCAGGUACAACUUAGUCUCUCUCUCCCUCUCUCACAGUCUUAUCUCGGAAGUAUUUAAAUUUAUUUUAAAUUUUUUUUUCUUUUCCGCUCCAUCGAUGUCUUCCUCUCUGCCUCAGUUUACAUAACAUUAUUUGUGUGGAGGGCUUGUGAGUAUGAAUGAAACUGUAUCAGAAGGAACCACUGUUGUAAAUAACUCCUAAUAAAUGCAGAUUUUCUAAUUA